AUGCCCAAGAUUGAGGAAGUCGAGGAUUAUGACGAUAUCGAUAAUCUCGAUAUGGAUUUGGCCGAAUUGGAUCCAUCGUUGAGAACACCUAUAGCACCUAAAAUCACCCCAACAGUGGUCAGAAGUCAAGAUUCAGAAGCGCAACAGCCCAGCACAGUGGGGAAGAAUCAAGUAAGUUUCAUUAACCCAGAUACCGGUAAGAUUGAGGGCAGUGCUCAAAUCUCUAAGGAAGAACUAGAUGAAGUGAAAGGAUUCCAAGUUUUAUACCCAUGUUAUUUCGAUAGACGAAGAUCACACAAGAACGGAAGACGUGUUACAAGAGAUGAAGGAGUAGAAAAUCCACUGGCAAAAACUCUAGCUGAUGCUGUUCGGAAUUUGGGCCUACUUUGUAUAUUCGAAGGCGAAAAGACACAUCCUCAGGAUUUUGGUAAUCCCGGUAGAGUUCGUAUUUUACUGAAGGAGAAUGGACAACUGGUUCCAUCGGCGGCCAGAUUCAAAGGUGGGAAGAGACAAGUAAUCAAAGAGGUGGCCAAAUAUAUGAGGGACCAUCCAACGACACCCGAAAGUCUCAGGGAGAUCCCAUACGGACCCGAGUUUGAUGGUAUUGAAUUCAAACGAAUCCCAAUUGUGCAAGGUUUCAAGAUGAAUGAUAUAGUUCCGCUGCAUAGUCCGUUCUUGAUGGGACACCCAAUGACAAAAUCUAUUUACGAAGCAGCUCCACCUGCUGCAGUCCCAGAAAAACAAUUCAAACCACCAAAGAAUAAGUACAAAGUUAUCAGAAGGUAG